UGCUGUAUUGUGAAGCUUGGCGAGUGAAAGGGCGGCACGUAAGAUGCACUCUCAGCUUGAGUUCUUACGCUAUGCUCAUCAGUUAGCACCUUGUGCAAGGACACUUUUGACGUUAAACUGAACGUUUUUAUGUUCUCAAAACUUAACUUAAAGAGCAACUUUCCGGUUGGUUAGUUGUUUUAGCGAAGGGUUGCUUGGAUCUCCAUAGCAAGAACAACAACCAGCAAUGGAUGCGUCAAGAUUUGUGGUGUUUGUGUCAACUCUGGGCACCUUUGUGUCUGCCAUUGGAGCAGUCCAGAUGUGUGAUGUGGUAAGUGAAAUCGAGUUGGAGAGAGAGAGAUGCGAGACCAGCACUGCUGAAAAUGUCACAUCAGGCUGCAAGGGGAUGUGGGAUGUGCUUGCCUGCUGGCCUUCAGCCGAGGUGGGGGAAUUGGUGAUCAUUCCGUGUCCAAACUAUUUCAGUUACUUCACUGACCGCUACAGUGAAGGUAACCUAUCCAAGACUUGCACGGCAGAUGGUUGGACAGAGGUGAACCCCAUAAUGAUCGCUAUGAAUUGUGGGUACAACUUCAACGGCACUAUUGAUGAUGACAACUUCUUCCGGUCAGUUAAGAUUGGCUACACCAUCGGACACAGUGUUUCUCUUAUCUCUCUUGUUACUGCCAUCGCAAUACUUUGCAUUUUCAGAAAACUACACUGCACGAGGAAUUACAUUCACAUGCACCUGUUUGUGGCCUUCAUCCUGAAAGCAGUCGCAGUGUUUGUAAAAGAUGUUGUCCUGUAUGAUGUCAUACAGGAGUCUGACAACUGCUCUACAGGCUCAGUUGGCUGCAAAGCUGUAAUCAUAUUCUUCCAAUACUGCAUAAUGGCAAGUUUCUUCUGGCUCCUGGUAGAAGGCCUCUAUCUCCACGCACUAUUGGCUGUGUCCUUCUUUUCAGAGAGGAAGUACUUCUGGUGGUACAUUCUAAUUGGCUGGGGAGGGCCAAUGAUCUUUAUCACAGCAUGGAGCUUUGCCAAAGCCUAUUUCAGUGAUAUUGGGUGCUGGGAUAUCAUUGAAAACUCUGAUUCAUUCUGGUGGAUCAUCAAGACGCCUAUAUUAGCAUCAAUACUGAUGAACUUCAUCCUGUUUAUUUGUAUCAUACGCAUUCUGCAACAGAAGAUCAACUGCCCUGACAUUGGGAGAAAUGAAUCAAACCAGUAUUCGAGGCUCGCAAAAUCCACGCUGCUGUUGAUUCCACUCUUUGGGAUAAACUUCAUCAUAUUCGCUUUCAUUCCAGAGCACCUCAAAACGGAGCUGAGGCUUGUGUUCGAUCUCAUCUUGGGCUCGUUCCAGGGCUUUGUGGUGGCAGUCCUAUACUGCUUUUUGAACGGAGAGGUUCAGGCUGAGAUCAAAAGGAAGUGGAGAAGGUGGCACCUGGAAAGGUUCCUGGGCUCUGGUGCAAAAUACCAGCACCCACCUAUGGGCAAUAGCGCCAACAACUUCAGUACCCAGAUCUCCAUGCUAACCCGGUGCAGCCCAAAAACACAGCGGGCUUCCACCUGCCAAGAUGAGUCCUCCGUCAUGGUGUAAUGCAUAAUAUGAGUCCUCCGUCACGGUGUAACGCACAACAUGAGUCCUCCAUCAUGGUGUAACGCACAACAUAAGCAGAGACCCAGACCUGUCCACAUGCAUGUGCUCUUGUGGUAAAAUGCAGUCCACACAUCUGAGAGCUGGAUGCAUUGCGAGGUCCACUUGCCUGAUGCAGGACAAUCAUCUUCUGUAGACUUGAUCACACUAUGUGUUGUGCAGGGUGUGGUCACAGAAUUCUAGAAAUUUCCUCUGGAUUCAGGUGUUCAUGAAGUACUCUGUGCCACACUCUCUGAAGAUGCAUCUAAUUCAGAAGGGGAUAAAGGUAACAAUAAAGGUAACAGGUAACAAUUUGUAACAAUACAUUUCAUCUGAGCUAUCCACUACAUGUGGGUGCAGUGACUGAAUACUGAACCAAAUGUGCUAUAAACAAGAUUAUCUGGACUUUCACUGCUAUUGACAUUAUGCAUUCUGUGCUCUUAUCACCAACAUAUUACAGUAGUAGUUAGAGACUACUUAAAGAGGAAGUAUUUAGGACAACCUAAACAGCUUUCUUCUCCAAUACACAUUUCUGAUUCUAAUGAAUUAUAUAUGAAUGUGAAUCUGUUGUUUUUGGAGGACAGAUCUAACUACAUGGACAUAGGUAUAUAACAGUGUUUCCCAAACCUGGUUCAGGUGUAACCUUGCAUUGCAAAUUUUCUGUUUUCCUUAUUCUAACAGACCUCUUUUUCUUAUUAGUUAGGUGUUUUGGAGUAGAAAAAAAACACAAGAGUGUGCAGUCCUUGGUGUCUAUAUGGCUGCGUGACUGGGAUACACUAAAAAUUAUCUUGAAUGAACCAAACAGAAUGUUUACGCAGCAGAGGAAAUGAGACCAUUCACAGACUGUCAAUGUGGAAGAAAAACAAAAGCAAGAAUUUCUCCCCUUAUGCUUAAGUCUUCUUAUAAGUAAAUGCAAAAAAGAAAAAAAAUGGAUUGUUAAAUAUCCAAGUUUAUAUGGAGAUACACUGUAGAGACAAAAUGUAAUAUUUCUCCCAGACACUUUGUUCUUAUGGGAAUGUUCUGGUAACUUUCCCAACUACGGUGUGUAUGUAAA